CUCGAAUUGCAAUCGAGGCGUGAUCGCGCACUUCACCACAACGAUAUGUCGAGUACUUGCAACGAUAAUGUUGCUAAAACCGAUGGCGAUCCCGCGCCCAAACCAGCCGGAUUCGGUUACCGCCACGUGCAAUACAUUUUGAUGCUAGCCGCUUGUACUGUAAGCUACGGCAUAAGAGGCGUCCUAAGCGUAGCAGUUUUAGCCAUGAUAGCCGAUGAUAACAACGAAAAAAGCUACAAAACAUACCCGGAGUGGAAGAGCAAAAAGAACCUCAUGUUGUCAUCGUUCUUCUGGGGCUACAUCGUGCUACAGGUGGGCGCCGGCCAACUGGCCAAGAACUACGGUCCGAAAUUGUUCCUCGGUAGCGCUAUAUUCAUCACUUCUAUAUCCACCAUUCUGGUUCCCAUUCUCGGAGACGCCAUCGGCUACGGCGGCAUCAUCUUCUGCAGGGUGCUGCAGGGCCUGUCGCAAGGCUUCCUGGUGCCUUCGGUGCACAAUUUACUCGGCCAGUGGGCGCCUCUGUCGGAGCGGGCGACCUUCGGAAGCGCCGUAUACGCAGGUCAAGCGCUGGGUAACAUGCUAUCGAUGCCCAUCACGGGCGUCAUGUGCUCGUCGAAGUUCGGCUGGCCGGCCGCUUUUUAUUUGUACGGAGCUUUCGGGAUGGUUUGGUGCAUCUUGUGGUUCUUAUUUGGCUCGAAUCGGCCGGACGAGCACCGGAGCAUCUCGCCGGAGGAGCGGCGGUACAUCGAGGCGAGCCUGCCCAACGAGGAGGGCGGCAAUUCGAAAGUUCCGACGCCGUGGAAAUCGAUCGCCACCUCUCUGCCGAUGAUAUCGUUGGUGAUAGCUCACAUGGGCCAAAAUUGGGGGUUCUGGACGCUGCUGAUGGAAAUCCCGAGCUUCAUGACUAACAUAUUCGGCGAUAAUCUGCCUUUGAAUAGUCUUCUAUCGUCCAUACCGUACUUCAUGAUGUUUGCGUUAACGUUAUUAAUAAGUCCGAUAGCCGAUUACAUAAUCGAUAAAAAAUUCGUGAGUUUGAUAGUAAGCAGGAAAAUCUUCAACACCAUCGGUUUAGGAUUGCCGGGUUUGACGCUAAUCGCGCUGUGUUUCGUUGAGAAUAAAAUAGCAACUGUGGUUCUGUUAGUAAUAGCAGUGGGUUUGAAUUCAGCCCAAUACAGCGGUUUCAACAUCAACCACAUAGAUUUGUCGCCCGUCCACGCUGGCACCAUGAUGGCUAUAACCAACAGCAUGGCCACCAUAGCUUCGAUUAUAGCCCCGCUGUACAUGGAUCUGGUGGAAAAUUUGGGAGAUUACGAUGAGAAAGAUAAGAGUUUGUGGAACAUCGUGUUUUGCACGUCUGCAGGGGUUUACAUAUUCGCUGCGGCGUUUUUCAUUAUAUUCGCAUCGGGGGACCUGCAGCCUUGGAAUAGCGGAGUAAAACCCGAGAGUGCCAAGUUGAAAGUCAUGAGGAAGUUAUCUGUUAUAUCCGUUAGUUAGGCAUUAAAUUAUUCUCCAAUUUCUACUCAGCGUUGUAAUAAAUUAUUUUUAUUAUUGGUGUUUUGUUCGUUGUAUCAUUUCCCAACAACAUGCAGUAUCUAUUGUUACAAAUAUCUACAUGCACAA